AUGCGGCCUACAUCUCAGACUGUCAGCACCUCGGCCGCUUUUUCCUUGGCCGCUGGUCUGCCUGCCUCUCUUGAAUUCGAAGCUCUGCGUUCAGUGCUUACUGGACAACCCCCUGUUAGCAGCCUACUCACUGGAACCGUCACAGGUGAAAUACCUUGUGGCGCUAGCACCCGUUACCAUCCCAGUGUAUCGGAAACUUCGGCUAACCAGACUUUGGCUAUCCCCGGCACAGGUAACUCUGCUGCCACAGUAGUGAAUUUUGGCCAGUUGCAACAAGUGAUACUAAACGCUUUAGCUGCUGGCGGAUCUGCCAGCAAUGCAAACAGCUCUGCUGGUUCGGGUCAGACCGCUGCUGGUCUUAUGCUUUCGAGUAGUGGAUCUGUCCCUCAAGAAAUUCAGCACGCUCUCUUGAUGGAUGGUGGUAACUCCUCUGCGGCAAAUGUCUCAGCCUCCUCACUCUCGCCUGGCCCACUGCAGUCACCUGCCUGCUCGACGUCACUGCUUAAUGGUCAGCCCGGGACACUCAGCCUUUCAGGCGCAACUGCCUCAUCUAGUGGGCUCCUAACGCCGCUAUAUCUUCCAGGUCCUGGUUCGGCUGGUUCUUCGGCAUGCACUGCGGCCUCUGCUCUCCUGACUGGGUCCCAUGGACAUGCCUCUUCUCUGCAACUGCCUGCCUCACUCUGCCUUUCGCAACCCAGUACCAGCAACAGUUCUAUCGCUAGUAUGCCCUCUCUUGGUAGCUCUACUUGCUCUAGCAACGCCAAUUCGGCAGCUAAUUCAACACUUUCUGCUGCUGCUGCAGCCGCCUUGAAAGGAAUCGCUUUGCCUACUGGCGAAUGUAAGUGA